AUGGAGACCUUCGAGAUCAAUGAUCCAAAACCCAAGAAGAGAAAUGGGGUAAACUGCUUCAUGGCAAUAGUAUCUACCUACCUGAUUCUACUCUCCGUGGGCACUGGGCUGCUGGUGGUGCAAGUUCUGUAUUUGCAGGAGCGGCUCUUGAUCCUGGAGAAUUACUUUACCAAUGAAACGGUGGCCACCCAGGACAGCCCGUCCUUCUCCUUUUUUCGGUCAGCACAUGUCCCACAUCUGUCUGGCAGUGCACCGAGCCUGCAAGCCCUACAGGCCCAGCUCACCCAGUUUCGCUUCAGGCAGGAGUACCUGAUGCAACAGGUGGACAACUUCACUCAGAGCCCAGAGCUGUUCCGGCUCAAAGGUGAACAAGGAGCUCCAGGUCUCCAGGGUCACCCAGUUAAGGGGUCAAUAGGGCUCCCAGGGCAUGCCUGGCAACCCCCAGUCACCAGCUAAGAAGGGGCUGAGGGAGCCAUGGGAUGCAACAGAGCCUCCGUUACAGGCCCUCCGGGACCCCAAGGCCCACAAGGAGUCAAGGGCGAGGCAGGUCCCCAAGGCUCCAAAGGCACUCCAGGAAAGCAAGGAGCCACUGGAUCCCCAGGACCCCAAGGAGCAAAGGGCAGCAAAGGCGAUGGGGGUCUCACUGGCCCGAAAGGAGACACUGGUGUCAAGGGAGACAAAGGAGAUGUGGGCCUUCCAGGAAGCAAAGGGGACAUGGGUGUAAAAGGAGACACAGGUGUCAUGGGACCUCCUGGAGCCCAAGGAAGUAAAGGUGAUUCAGGAAAGCCAGGGCCUCCAGGUGUGACUGGAAUUCCUGGGCUCAAAGGAGAUCAAGGUCAGCCUGGACCCAGAGGUCUUUUAGGACCUCCAGGAGCAGCAGGACCCCCAGGUGCCAAGGGUGAUCCUGGCAGUUCUGGUUCCACUGGACUGACAGGACCACCAGGGAUGCCCGGGAGCCCAGGACCAGCAGGCAUGAAAGGAAGCAAAGGGGACACAGGAUUUCAAGGACAGAAAGGAACAAAAGGAGAAAGUGGAGUUCCAGGCCUUGCAGGCAUGAAGGGAGAAAAGGGAAGCCCAGGGCCGGCAGGCCUCAAGGGUGCACCUGGGCCCAUCGGUCCAAAGGGAGAACCCGGAAUGAAAGGGUCUUCUGGGCAGAAAGGACAACAGGGAGAAAAAGGUGAAAAAGGCCAAAGCUUAUCAUUCGCCAGGAUCAUCGGCUCUUACACCCAGGGCAGGGCUGAAGUCCACUAUAAUGGUGUCUGGGGAACAAUUUGCGAUGAUGACUGGGACAAUAGCGAUGCCACUGUCUUCUGCCGUAUGCUGGGAUUCUCCUCAGGAGUCGCCAUUUACAAUGUGGGAGCUGGCACUGGACAGAUCUGGCUGGACAAUGUUAACUGUAAAGGGUCAGAGAAGACCCUGUGGGACUGCAGCAAGAAUAACUGGGGUUCUCACAACUGUGGACACAGUGAGGAUGCUGGUGUAAAGUGCAGCUGA